AUGAUUAAUCGGAUAGCAGUGGCAGCGGUGGUGAUUCUCAUAGGAUGGGCUUAUAUGGCCAUAAAGCCUCCUCCACCAAAAAUAUGUGGAUCCAUUAAUGGUCCUUCAGUUACUUCACCUAGAGUGAAACUCGGUGAUGGGCGACAUUUGGCCUACCGGGAGUUUGGUUUUCCAAAGGAAGAAGCUAGGUACAAGAUCAUUGUCGUUCAUGGAUUUGCCAAUUCCAAAGAUACACAUUUGCCAGUUUCUCAAGAGCUUAUUGAUGAUCUUGGGAUAUAUUUCCUCUACUUCGACAGAGCAGGUUAUGGUGAGAGUGAUCCAUAUCCAUCGCGUUCAGUGAAGAGUGAAGCCUAUGAUAUUGAAGAACUAGCAGAUAAAUUGCAGAUUGGGAAAAAAUUCUAUAUCAUUGGAAUGUCAAUAGGAGCUUACCCGGUUUGGGGCUGCUUAAAAUACAUUCCACACAGAUUAUUGGGAGCAGCGUUGGUAGUUCCAUUUGUAAACUAUUGGUGGCCUUCUUUUCCGGUUAAUCUAUCAAGAGAGGCAUUUCAAAUGCUCCCUCAAUCAGACCAAUGGACAUUUCGAGUUGCACAUUACACUCCUUGGUUAUUCUAUUGGUGGAUGACUCAAAAUUGGUUCCCUUCAUUGAGUUUCCCCAAUACUGAAAUGUUCCCUUCGGAUGAUCUUGAGAUCCUUAAAAGCCUCUCAGAAGCCCCAAACCCUGGCCAGGAGAAAAUAACUCAGCAAGGUGAGUAUGAAUCAUUAUACCGCGACAUAAUUGCUGGUUUUGGAAAGUGGGAGUUUGGCCCAACAGAGGUAAGAAAUCCAUUUCUUGAGAAUCAUGGUUCAGUCCAUAUUUGGCAAGGCCUUAAAGAUAGGAUGAUUCCGUAUACACUGAACCGCCACAUCUCACAGAAACUUCCAUGGAUUCAUUACCAUGAGCUUCCUGAAGGAGGUCAUUUAUUUAUCUUUAAGAAUUAUCAAUGUGAGUCCAUAAUUAGAGCACUUAUACUAUCAUAA